UCUAAAAAAUAAGAAAAUAAUAAAAAAAAAUAAAAUAAAGAAGAAAUUCCAACAAAAAAAACGAAAGAUAUCGGGGACGACGUAUAACCGUGACUCUUGAUGAUUGAGGUUAGAUUUUGCAGAAGAUGCGGCACAAGUGUCUAAACUUUAUUAAAACCAACAACAGUAACAAUAGCAACAAUAACAGCAGCAGCAACAGUAGUAACAACAACAACAACAACAACAACAACAACAACAACGACGACGACGACGAUGACGAGAACAACAAAAUCGUUCCUUUUUCAAUCGGUUCGUAGAGAGAGUGGUAAAGAUCAUAAUUUGGAAGAAAAGCAAAGGAUUAUUGAUAGAGCUCCUUUUCAAAAUUUAAAGAUCGAUGAUGCACAAAUUUUAGAUACUGUAGAGGGUAGAGAAAUAUGUGAACAUUGUUAUAGGUCGAGAAAAUUUUUUUGUUAUACAUGCUUUAUCCCUGUAAUUGAUCAAAAGUAUUUUCCUCGCUUAAAGCUACCUGUAAAAAUAGAUAUUAUUAAACAUCCUAGAGAAAUAGAAGGGAAAAGUACUGCGGUUCAUGCUGCCGUUUUAGCACCGGAAGAUGUAAAAAUAUAUAUUUAUCCUGAUUUUCCUGAAAUGGUAAAAAACGAAGAGACUGUUCUCAUUUUCCCUAGCAAAACUGCUGUAACUAUCGAUAAUUUAUUUAUUAAAGAAGUCCAACAAGAUGGCAAAACUUUUUUAGAAAGGAUCAGAAAUGAAUAUCCAAUAAAAAGAGCAAUAUUUAUCGAUAGUACAUGGCAUCAAACAAAAUCAAUAUAUAAAGAUCAAAGAUUAAGAGAUUUACGAUGUAUCAUAUUAAAAUCAAGAAUAUCGCAAUUCUGGCGACACCAGAAAAAAAGUCCAAGAUGGUAUUUGGCAACGAUAGAAGCAAUUCAUCAAUUUUUAAUAGAAUUGCAUACAUGUGCCUUUGAUAUAAUAGAAUGUACAUAUAGAGAAGAGGAUAAAGAGAAAGAAGAUAAUUUAACUAUUGGAGAAUUAAAUUACAAUGUAUCAAAUUGUAAUCAAAAGUAUGAUGGCAGAUAUGACAAUCUAUUAUACUUUUUUAAAUAUAUGUAUGAAAAGAUUCAUACUAUAUAUGAUCAUGACAAAUUAUGGGCAUAUAAGAGGCCUCUAAUAUAAAACAUACAUAUAUAUAUACAUAUUUAUAUG